AUGAAAUUCUUCGCGACCGUCCUUCCUUCCUUCACUGUUGUCCUUGCGUUGGCACUCCACGUUCAAGCCCACGCCUCGCCUGUGCCUAUGCUCGGUAUUAAAGGGACUCCUCAGCGCAACCAAGUCCAGCGCCCGUCAACAUCUUCGCCGUGUGGCAAUGUCAAUAUUGCUAACACCAUCGACUCCUCGGAGAGCGUGCCACUCGAGUCAGAUGGGACGACUCUUCGCCUUAACAUCACCAACUACAACGCUGGUGGAGAUGGUUCGCGCAAAGUCUCGGUUCUCGUCGACCCCACCGGCACGGGCAAGGACUUCGUUGCUGCGAAUGUGACCAAGAAUGGUGACCCGGCGCCUAAGAACAAUGGUGCUGACAUUGUCACGAUCGAGCUGCCUGCUGGUACCAAAUGCACAGGUGGAGGCAAGGGAAACCUCUGUCUUUUGUCAGUCAAAUCCAGCGCAGGCUUUGGCGGUUGCACGCUAGCAAGCCAACUGGCUUCUUCUUCUUCUUCGACGGGCAGCUCUUGCAAGAGCAAAGGCAAGAAGGCAAAGCGUAGCGGCGACCGUCGUGCAGUUGGCACACGUGCAGCUUUAGCAGCUCGUGGCGAGAGUCUCCACCAGAAUCCCGUCUUUUGA